CUCUCGGACUGUGUGCGCAGUAAAAUGGCAGCAGCAGGAGAUCUACUGGAUCGGGAGCAGUUCAGCUGUCCAAUCUGUCUGGAUCUACUGAAGGAUCCGGUGACAAUUCCCUGCGGACACAGUUACUGUAUGGACUGUAUUAAGGGCUGCUGGGAUCAGGAUGAUCAAACUGGUGUCUACAGCUGUCCCCAGUGCAGACAGACCUUCGACCCAAGGCCUAUUCUGGGCAGAAACACCAUGCUGGCUGAAGUGGUGGAGAAGCUGAAGACGACAGGACUCCAAGCUGCUCCUCCUGCUCACUGUUACGCUGGACCUGGAGACGUGGCGUGUGAUGUCUGCACUGGGAGAAAGCGCAAAGCUGUCAAGUCCUGUCUGAUGUGCUUGGUGUCUUACUGUGAAACUCACCUUCAGCCUCAUUAUAAAUCUCCUGCGUUUAAGAUGCACAAGCUGGUAAAAGCCACAGAGAAACUACAGGAGAACAUGUGCUCUAAUCACAACAGACUGCUGGAGGUUUACUGCCGCAAUGAUCAGCAGUGUGUCUGUCUGCUGUGUGUGAUGGAUGAACACAGAGGCCAUGAUACAGUCUCAGCUGCAGCAGAAAGGACUGAGAAACAGAAGGAGCUGGGGGCGACACAGAGGAAAACCCAGCAGAGAAUCCAGGAGAGAGAGAAGGAGCUGCAGGAUCUGAGACAGGCUGUGGAGUCACUCACGCGCUCUGCACAGGCAGCAGUGGAGGACAGUGAGAGGAUCUUUACUGAGCUGAUCCGCUCCAUUGAGAGAAGGCGCUCUGAGGUGACAGAGCUGAUCAGAGAUCAGGAGAAGGCUGCAGUGAGUCAGGCUGAAGGAGUCAUGGAGCGACUGGAGCAGGAGAUUGCUGAGCUGAGGAGGAGAUAUGCUGAGCUGGAGCAGCUUUCACACACAGAGGAUCACAUCCAUUUCCUCCAGAGCUAUCAGUCUCUCUGUGUCCCUCCUGGAUGUGGAGACUUACCCAGCAUCACUGUCGGUCCGGACGUCUCUUUAGGGUUUGUGCAGAAAUCUGUCUCUGAGCUGAAAGAGCGGCUGGAGGACGUCUGCAAGGAGGAGAUACUGAAGAUCUCAGAAACAGUCAAUCAGGUGGAUCUACUACAGCCUCCAGAACCCAAGAGCAGAGCAGAGUUCUUACGCUAUUCCUGCCAGCUCACACUGGACCCAAGCACAGCACAUACAUUCCUCUGUCUGUCCGAGGGGAACAGAGCAGUGACAUGUGGGACAGUGAAGCAGCCAUAUCCUGAUCAUCCAGAGAGAUUUGAGGAGCGGUGGCAGGUGCUGUGCAGAGAAGGUCUGUCUGGACGCUGCUACUGGGAGGCUGAGUGGAGUGGGGUUAAUGGUGCUUCUAUAGCAGUCUCAUAUAAAGAGAUCAGCAGGAAAGGAGAACGUAUUGACUGUGGCUUUGGAAACAAUAACAAGUCCUGGAGAUUGGACUGCAUUUCUUAUACUUGCAAUUUCUGGCACAACAACAAUAGGACUGAAAUCCCCGUCCCCCCAUCCUGCAGAAUAGGAGUGUACCUGGAUCACAGGGCAGGAACUCUGUCCUUCUACAGCGUCUCUGACACAAUGACCCUCCUCCACCGAGUCCACACCACAUUCAUCCAGCCCCUCUACCCUGGGUUUUGGCUUGGUUAUGCACACUCAGAAGUUAAACUGUCAAAGUAA